CCCCCCUCUCCCCCCCCCACAUCCUCCCCCCGCCGCCUUCCCCGCCCCUUUCCCGCCCGAGCGCAGCCAUGGCCCGAGGCCCCAAGAAGCACCUGAAGCGUGUGGCGGCGCCCAAGCACUGGAUGCUGGACAAGCUGACCGGCGUCUUCGCGCCCCGUCCGUCGACGGGCCCUCACAAGCUGCGGGAGUGCCUCCCGCUCAUCAUCUUCCUGAGGAACAGGCUGAAGUACGCCCUGACCGGCGAUGAGGUGAAGAAGAUUUGCAUGCAGAGGUUCAUCAAGAUCGACGGCAAAGUUCGCACGGACAUCACCUACCCUGCGGGCUUCAUGGAUGUCAUCAGCAUCGAGAAGACGGGCGAGCAUUUCCGCUUGGUGUACGACACCAAGGGCCGGUUUGCCGUUCACCGCAUCACAGCUGAAGAGGCCAAGUACAAGCUGUGCAAGGUGAGGAAGAUCUUCGUGGGCACCAAAGGAAUCCCUCACCUGGUGACCCACGAUGCCCGCACCAUCCGCUACCCGGACCCCCUCAUCAAGGUGAACGACACGAUCCAGAUUGACCUGGAGACUGGCAAGAUUACGGAUUUCAUCAAGUUUGACACAGGUAACCUGUGCAUGGUGACUGGUGGCGCCAACUUGGGCCGUAUCGGGGUGAUCACCAACCGGGAGAGGCACCCCGGCUCGUUCGACGUGGUUCACGUGAAGGACGCCAACGGCAACAGCUUUGCCACCAGGCUCUCGAACAUUUUUGUGAUUGGCAAGGGCAACAAGCCGUGGAUCUCCCUGCCCCGCGGAAAGGGCAUCCGGCUGACCAUCGCUGAGGAGAGAGACAAGAGACUGGCGGCCAAGCAGAGCAGCGGGUAACCUGCUGCUUGGCCAGCUGUGGUCCUUCCAGGAUGUCCAAUUAAACGUUUAAUUACCAA